GGGAUCCGGAGUCCGGACCCCUAAAACCCUCGUUACAAGGUCUUUCUUUCUUUUCACCUCCCCCCGAAAGGGUCGAAUUCUCUGCCUUCGAUGGAGACCGCGGACAUGGAUGUCGAAGAACAGCCGCAUUCAGAUCCCAGUCCAAACUCUUACAAGCGGUUUGGACUUAAAAACUCAUUUCAGACCAAUUUCGGCGAUGACUACGUUUUCCAAAUCGUCCCCAAGGAGGAUUGGACGGCAAUGGCUGUGUCAUUGUCUACAAAUGCGGUGAAGCUGUACUCACCAGUAACUGGUCAGUACUGCGGAGAGUGUAGGGGUCACUCUACGACUAUAAAUCACAUCUCAUUCUCGGGUGCAUCAACCCCACAUGUAUUGCACUCUUGCUCUUCUGAUGGAACCAUUAGAGCUUGGGAUUCGAGGUCAUUGCAGGAGGUUUCAUGUAUAAGUGCUGGCAAUUCGCAAGAGGUCUUCAGCUUCUCGUUUGGGGGAUCAAAUGACAACCUUCUUGCUGCAGGAUGUCAAUCCCAGAUACUCUUCUGGGACUGGAGGAACAAAAAGCAAGUUGCUUGUUUGGAGGACUCUCACGUGGAUGAUGUUACACAGGUUCACUUUGUCCCUGACCAUCGGAGCAAGCUUGUUUCUGCCUCUGUGGACGGCUUGAUAUGUAUAUUUGAUACUGAAGGAGAUAUCAAUGAUGAUGAACAUCUGGAAUCAGUAAUAAAUGUGGGAACUUCAGUUGGGAAAGUGGGGUUUCUUGGAGGGAGGCAGCAAAAGCUCUGGUGCUUGACCCACAUUGAGACCUUAAGUGUUUGGGACUGGAAAAGUGCAAAAAAUGAAGCAAGCUUUCAAGAUGCUCGUUUGUUAGCCUCCAAUAGUUGGGCGUUAGAUCAUGUGGAGUAUUUUGUUGAUUGUCACUACUCAGAAGAAGCUGAACGGUUAUGGGUGAUUGGUGGCAAUAAUGCCGGCACUUUAGGCUACUUUCCGGUAAAUUAUAAUGGAAUGGUAGCGAUAGGAUCCCCGGAAGCAGUUCGGGGUGGGCAUACAGGUGUUGUCCGAAGUGUGAUGCCUAUGUCAAGUUUGCAGGGUGGGUUAGCCCAAAACCAAGGCAUUUUUGGAUGGACAGGUGGUGAAGAUGGCCGGUUAUGUUGCUGGUUGUCUGAUGACUCUCCUCAGAUAAACCGAUCAUGGAUUUCAAGCGCACUGAUAAUGAGGUCCCCAAGGACUCGCAAGAAAAGCAGGCACCAUCCCUACUAACCAAUGCCAUUAUUUAGUGGACUUUGUAAGUUUGUAUCGUCCUGUAUCUUUCUUUCGGUUUUUUUAAGACAGAUUCUAUCCAUUUUGUUUUAGUUCUUUUCCUUUUUCUUGUGUGGUCAAUAGAACCAUGUUAUAUUCA